CACAUACAGUAUGCCCACAUGCUCACAGUUGAGGGAUGGAGAUCUCUGCUUUCUGUAUUGGUCUGAUCCUGUCUCUGGGUUUGUGUGAACUAAACUCAGCUCUUGUCCUGAAUGGUUCUGAGGAUGAUGUUAAACAAAGGGCUGGGCUUACAGAGGAUAGAACUGGUGCUGGGGUCAGCACUCAGACUUCAUCUGUGAAAUGUAAGCUCCAGGGUACCACUCGUCUUCCUGCAUUUGCAAUGGAUGGUGACUACAUUAUUGGUGGUGUUUUGUCCAUACACUACUACAUGUACACAGUGAAGCAUAACUACACCACCAUGCCUGAGCCAUUAAGAUGCACAGGAAGCAUUGACUCCCGUGAACUGCGCUUCUCCCGUGCAAUGAUCUUCGCCAUCGAGGAGAUAAACAACAGCACAGAGCUGCUGCCGGGAAUCAAACUCGGUUAUCGGAUCUAUGACUCGUGCGCCUCGGUGCCCGUGACGGUGCAUGUGGCCUUCCAGCUUUCAAAUGGCCUGGACCCGGUGUUUUAUACCCGCGACAAUUGCUCAAAAUCUGGUAUGGUGAUGGCUGUCGUUGGUGAGUCUGGGUCCACGCCAUCCAUCAGCAUGUCGCGCAUCACUGGGCCCUUUAACAUCCCUCAAGUGAGCCACUUUGCCACUUGUGCAUGUCUGUCCAAUAAGCAGCAGUACCCCAAUUUCUUCAGAACCGUCCCUAGUGAUCAAUUCCAGGCUGAAGCGCUGGCCAAGCUGGUAAAACACUUUGGCUGGACUUGGAUAGGAGCUGUCCGGUCAGAUUCAGACUAUGGCAAUAAUGGUAUGGCGUCUUUCCUGGACGCAGCACGCAAAGAGGGGAUCUGUGUGGAAUACUCGGAAUCUUUCUAUCGGAAUCACCCACGUAGCAGGAUCCAGAGAGUAGCUGAUGUGAUCCGCAGGUCGACAGCUACGGUUGUUGUGGCAUUUACAUCCCCUGGAGACAUGAGGAUUCUGCUGGAGGAGCUGUCACUCGAGCCUUCUCCACCUCGCCAGUGGAUAGGCAGUGAAGCCUGGGUAACUGACCCAGACAUGCUGAGGUUCAGCUUCUGUGCUGGAGCCAUAGGAUUUGGCAUUCAGAAAUCUUUCAUCCCAGGUCUGAGAGACUUCUUGCUGGAUCUCUCUCCAUCUAAAUUGGCUGCCUCUCCAGUGCUUACUGAGUUCUGGGAGGAUGCAUUCAACUGCAGGCUGGAAAAAAGUGAGAAACUAUUUCUUACAUUCACCACAGGAUAGAAAGUCAUGUCCACAGACAAGAGUGUGUGUGACGGAACAGAAGACAUAAAGACACUCCAGAGCCCGUACACUGACACAUCUCAGCUCCGGAUCACUAACAUGGUAUACAAAGCUGUUUAUGCAAUAGCUCAUGCCAUUCAUAAAGCAGUGUGUCAGGAAACAAAUUCUACAACUCAUUGUGACAAAUUCACCAGGAUAGAAUCCAAAGAGGUUCUUACUCAGCUAAAGAAAGUAAAUUUUUCCAAAAAUGGUUAUGAUGUGUCAUUUGAUGCCAAUGGUGAUCCUGUGGCCAGAUAUGAACUGGUUAAAUGGCAAAAAAGUGAAAGUGGCAGCAUCAAAUUGGUGACAGUAGGGCAAUACGAUGCAUCAAUGCCGGUGGGCCAGAAGUUCCAAAUCAACAGGAACCUCACCUGGGUGGAUGGUGGCACACAAGUUCCUGUGUCAGUGUGCACUGAUAGCUGUUCUCCCGGAACUCGUAAAGUACUGCAGAAAGGAAAACCCAUCUGCUGUUAUGAUUGUAUACUGUGUCCCGAAGGAGAGAUUAGCAAUGCCACAGAUUCCCCUGACUGUUACCCUUGCCCCAAGGAGUUCUGGCCUAAUGCAGAGAGACACAAUUGUCUCCCCAAGCCUGUAGAGUUUCUUUCCUACAACGAGGUCCUAGGAAUCAUCCUGGCUACAUUCUCAGUUGGUGGUGCCUGUCUGACCAUUAUAACAGUGGUUGUGUUCUAUCGUCACAGGACAUCGCCGAUUGUCAGGGCCAACAACUCUGAGCUGAGCUUCCUGCUGCUCUUCUCCCUGACUCUAUGUUUCUCAUGUUCAUUAACUUUCAUCGGAGCACCCUCUGAGUGGUCCUGCAUGCUACGCCACACAGCGUUUGGGAUCACCUUCGUUCUCUGUAUGUCUUGUGUUCUUGGAAAAACAAUAGUAGUGUUAAUGGCAUUUAGAGCAACACACCCAGGUAGUAAUGUCAUGAAAUGGUUUGGUCCUCCACAGCAAAGAAUGACUGUAGUGUCUUUUACACUUAUUCAAGUUUUAAUAUGUACCAUUUGGUUGGUUCUUAGUCCCCCUUUUCCAAUGAAAAACCUAACUAUGUUCAAAGAGAGAAUCAUUUUGGAGUGUGCAUUUGGCUCAGCUGUUGGGUUCUGGGCUGUGCUCGGGUACAUAGGUCUACUGGCUGUCUUCUGUUUUGCGUUAGCUGUCCUGGCUCGGAAAUUACCUGAUAAUUUUAAUGAAGCCAAGCUCAUCACCUUCAGCAUGUUGACAUUCUGUGCAGUCUGGAUCACCUUUAUCCCUGCAUAUCUCAGCUCUCCUGGGAAAUUUACUGUGGCUGUGGAGAUAUUUGCCAUUCUGGCCUCCAGUUUUGGAUUAAUACUGUGUAUAUUUGCCCCAAAGUGUUUCAUUAUAUUGUUUAAACCAGAGAAAAACACAAAAAAAUAUUUAAUGAACAAAAAUCGAGGGAUGGAGAUCUCUGCUCUCUGUAUUGGUCUGAUCCUGUCUCUGGGUUUGUGUGAGCUGAACUCAGCUCUUGUCCUGAAUGGUUCUGUGGAUGAUGUUAAACAAAGGGCUGGGCUUACAGAGGAUAGGACUGGUGCUGGGGUCAGGGCUCAGACUUCAUUUGUGAAAUGUAAGCUCCAGGGUACCACUCGUCUCCCUGCGUUCUCAAUGGAUGGUGACUACGUAAUAGGUGGUGUCUUGUCCAUACACUACAACAUGUACACAGUGAAGCAUAACUACACCACCAUGCCUGAGCCACUAAGAUGCGCAGGAAGCAUUAACACCCGAGAAUUGCGAUUCUCACGUGCAAUGAUCUUUGCCAUCGAGGAGAUAAACAACAGCACGGAGCUGUUGCCAGGAAUCAAACUCGGUUAUCAGAUCUAUGACGCGUGCGGCUCGGUGACCGUCGCGGUGCAUGUUGCAUUCCAGCUUUCAAAUAGCCUGGAUUCUGUGUUUUACACUGGUGACAAUUGCUCACAAUCUGGUAUGGUGAUGGCUGUCAUUGGUGAGUCUGGGUCUUCUCCAUCCAUCAGCAUGUCGCGCAUCAUCGGGCCCUUUAACAUCCCUCAAGUGAGCUACUUUGCCACUUGUGCAUGCCUGUCCAAUAAGCUGCAGUACCCGAAUUUCUUCAGAACUAUCCCCAGUGAUCAGUUCCAGGCUGACGCGCUGGCCAAGCUGGUAAAACACUUUGGCUGGACUUGGAUAGGUGCUGUCCGGUCAGAUUCAGACUACGGCAAUAAUGGUAUGGCGACUUUCCUGGAAGCAGCACACAAAGAGGGGAUCUGUGUGGAAUACUCUGAAUCUUUCUAUCGGACCCACCCACGUAGCAGGAUCCAGAGAGUAGCUGAUGUUAUCCGCAGGUCGACAGCUAUGGUUGUUGUGGCAUUUACAUCCCCUGGAGACAUAAGGAUCUUGCUGGAAGAGCUGUCACUCGAGCCUUCUCCACCUCGCCAGUGGAUAGGCAGUGAAUCGUGGGUAACUGCCCCAGACUUGCUGAGAUUCAGCUUCUGUGCUGGAGCCAUCGGAUUUGGCAUUCAGAAAUCUGUCAUCCCAGGUCUGAGAGACUUCUUGCUGGAUCUCUCUCCUUCUAAAGUGGCUGCCUCCCCAGUGCUUACUGAGUUCUGGGAAGGUGCAUUCAAUUGCAGGCUGGGAAAAAGUGAGACAGGUGUUGCCAUAGAAAAGAGAUUAUGUGACGGAACUGAAGACAUAAAGAUGCUCCAGAGCUCGUACACUGACACAUCUCAGCUCCGGAUCACUAACAUGGUAUACAAGGCUGUUUAUGCAAUAGCUCAUGCCAUUCAUAAAGCAGUGUGUCAGGAAACACAUUCUACAACUCAGUGUGAAAAAUUCACCAGGAUAGAAUCCAAAGAGGUUCUUACUCAGCUGAAGAAAGUUAAUUUUACCCAAAAUGGUUAUGAUGUGUCGUUUGAUGCCAACGGGGAUCCUGUGGCAAGAUACGAGCUGGUUAACUGGCAAAAAAGUGAGCGUGGCGGUAUUGAGUUGGUGACAGUAGGACAAUACGAUGAAUCACUGCCGGUGGGCCAGAAGUUCCAAAUCACCAGAAACCUCACCUGGGUUAAUGGUAGCACACAAGUUCCUGUGUCAGUGUGCUCUGACAGCUGUCCCCCAGGAACUCGUAAAUUGCUGCAGAAAGGAAAACCCAUCUGCUGUUAUGAUUGCAUACCAUGUCCUGAGGGAGAGAUUAGUAAUGCUACAGAUUCCCCUGAUUGUUUCCCUUGCCCCAAGGAGUUCUGGCCUAAUGAAGAGAGAGACACUUGUCUCCCCAAGCCUGUAGAGUUUCUUUCCUACAAAGAGGUCCUAGGAGUCAUCCUGGCUACAUUCUCAGUUGGUGGCGCCUGUCUGGCUAUUAUAACAGCAGCUGUGUUCUAUCGUCACAGGACAUCGCCGAUUGUCAGGGCCAACAACUCUGAGCUGAGCUUCCUGCUGCUCUUCUCCCUGACUCUAUGUUUCUUAUGUUCAUUAACUUUCAUUGGAGCACCCUCUGAGUGGUCCUGCAUGCUGCGCCACACAGCGUUUGGGAUCACCUUCGUCCUCUGUAUGUCUUGUGUUCUUGGAAAAACAAUAGUAGUGUUAAUGGCCUUUAGAGCUACACUCCCAGGUAGUAAUGUCAUGAAAUGGUUUGGUCCUCCACAGCAAAAAAUGACUGUAGUGUCUUUUACGCUUAUUCAAGUUUUAAUAUGUAGUAUUUGGUUGGGUCUUAGUCCCCCUUUUCCAAUGAAAAACCUAACCAUAUACAAGGAGAGAAUCAUCCUGGAGUGUGCAUUGGGCUCAGCUGUUGGGUUCUGGGCUGUGCUGGGGUACAUAGGUUUACUGGCUGUCUUUUGCUUUGUGUUAGCUGCCCUAGCUCGGAAAUUACCUGAUAACUUUAAUGAAGCCAAGCUCAUUACCUUCAGCAUGCUGAUAUUCUGUGCUGUCUGGAUCACCUUUAUCCCUGCAUAUCUCAGCUCUCCUGGGAAAUUUACUGUGGCUGUGGAGAUAUUUGCCAUUCUGGCCUCCAGUUUUGGACUAAUACUGUGUAUAUUUGCUCCAAAAUGUUUCAUCAUAUUGUUAAAGCCUGAGCAAAACACAAAAAAACAUUUAAUGAACAAAAAUCAAUCCUAA